GGUAGGCGCGAACACCAUGGUUAUCGAAGGCUUGAAAAAGACUGGAGUUUGCAUGUGGUGAAACCAAGGAUGUGAAAACGAGAGUGGCAAAAGUUGAAAAAAAGGGUGGAAAAGAAUAACAAUGUCUACCAUAGACGUCUCACUGAUCUGGAACAAUACACAAGAAAAUGGAACCUGAGGCUACGGCUUGCCAGAGGUGGAGAAUGAAGUUUUGCCUGCAGAGAAGAACAAAGUUGGUGAUACCAUCGACGUUGUGCAUCGCCUCGACAAGAAGCAACAGCAAAACAAUUCAAGACCUAGGGGUAUCAUCAUCCUCUUCACUACCAGAUUAUACAGGGAUGCUGUCUGGAAAGCUGCUAGGAAGAACGCCUUCCUUCAGAGCCACGGUAUGCGUUUCGCCGAGCAUCUCAGCCCAGAGGACAUAGAAAGAAGGAACAAGUUGAGGACAUAGAAAGAAGGAACAAGUUGUGGCCAACGAUCAAGAUAGCACGAAAUGAGGGAAAGGUUGCUUACUUCGUCGGAGGACGAGGCUUCAUCAACGGUUCAGAAAUCCAUAUUCCUCCCUAAAAUCUCACCAGAAGGAACAGGUUGAUGAUUUCAGCCAUGCUGCACAUGGCUGAUCGAAUAAGACGAGAUGGAGGCCGGGAGAGAAGAGCAUUUAUUCAGGGUCCUGUUGGACAUGGUGGGUAUGGACAAGCUGAAGACGUGGACUGCAGUGAACCAUGGGGCCAUCGUGCUCUGUUGUGCAGAUGGGAGUGUUGCCGGGGAGAUCAGGGAGGUAUUAAAGGCCUACUACGCUCCAGAACUACAGAAGAUCCAGCACUGUAAAGGAGUGGAAGUUCUGCUGGAGAAACUGGCCUGAUACAGAUACCUCACCAACAUUGACCCCCUCUGAGACAUUUCACCAACUAUUGUGACCUCACCAACUGGAGUCACAGGUUCUCAUAACUGUCCCAUUUGACCUGACCAUCCUGGUGAAAUCCCUACUAUGACAUGAAGAUGGAUGAAAAGAAACACUGAUUUGUACUGCAUUUUGUCAAAUUCAUUUAGGUGUGCUUGUUUGUAAAGCCGUGGAGCAAGUAUUUAAAUGUAAAAGGCACAAAUACUGGCAGUGUUUUUCUAUAAUCUUGUAACUGAUCGGUAUGAGUUGUACUAGCUGACCCAGGAGCUGGAAUUAACUAAAAGAAAACAUUUUAUUGCAACACAAACUAUCCAUUGGCAGAGAAUGUCAGUAAGCAAAUUUCAAUAUAUAUAUUUUUUCAUCUGUAGAAUAUUAA